AUGAUAACCAGAACACUUAUCUGCCUGUCAUUGGCAGCCUUGGUCUCUUGCCAAGGAGAUGCCUCUGAUCUCAAAGAGACCAACUAUAAGAAGUUUAUCGGAGAACAAGAUUACAAGCUUCCCUUCAAGACCCGUGUUAGUGAGCCACUUGCCAUUGGACAAACCAUCCAUGCCGUCGGAACUCUUUCUGAUAAGCCAACCCGUGUUGACUUCAACUUCCAUAAGGGAUCUGCCAAGGAUGCUGAUCUUCCACUUCACUUCUCCAUCCGAUUCAACGAAGGACUUCUCGGAAGCGGAAAGUUGAUCUACAACACUUUCGAGAACGGAAACUGGUCUGAGGAUGAGCAAAGAAUCAGCAAUCCAUUCAAGGCUGGAGAAGAAUUCGAUUUGCGUGUUCGUGUUCUUGAUGGAAAGUUCCAGGUCUUCGCCAACCGUGUCGAAGUUGGAGUCUUCACUCAACGUCUUCCACUUGACGGAAUUGAUCAUGUCUCGAUCAGAGGAGAUCUUUCCAAACUUCGUCUCUUCCACUAUGGAGGAAGAAUCUUCCCAAAUCCAUACAUGGCCGUUGCUGGACUCACUCCAGGGAAGAGACUGGAUAUUUCUGCUCUUCCAAAAGGAAAGCGUGUGAAUAUCAAUUUGUACCGUGAGAACAAGGAAUAUGCUCUUCAAGUCUCCAUCAGAUACAACGAGGGAGCCAUUGUCAGAAACGCCAUGACUAGCAAUGUCUGGGGUAAGGAAGAGAGAGAAGGAAAGAUGCCACUUGAAAAGAAACAAGUCUUCGAUAUCACUAUCAUCAACGAGGAGUUCUCUUUCCAAAUCUUCCUCAACAACAGAAGAUUUACAACCUUCGCCCACCGCGGAUCCCCAAGCGACAUCAAGACUCUCGAAAUUGACGGAGAUGUUGAAAUUCAAACUGUCACCAUUAAUGAUGCACCUGGAAUCUAA